UCCAACCAUCCACUUUUCCAUCAUUCAUCAACCCCUCUUUUGGUCCCCUGCCUGCCCAUUCUCCUUCUGUGUCGCCCUAAUAAUCGCAAAAAUCAGCUCGCUGCUCGAGCAUGUCUCGCUCUACGUCUUUCCCACCCGCCAAGCGACCGCGCAUCGACAAGUCCUCUUCUCCUUUCCUCUCAUCUUCAGGCGACCUCACCGCCAUGGACAUUGCGCCCAUCUCGCUCGGCAAUGGCAACCCCGGCCGCGCCUCCGUACAUGGGCUCGGCGGAUGGCGCAAAAAUGGCCGCCCCGUCCCCCACGACAUCCUCCUUCUAAUUGCGCGCUAUCUGGGCGACAUGCAGGACGAAGGCGAUGUCCAAGCCCGCCUUACUCUCGCCGCCAUGAUGAGGGUCAGCAGCGACGGCUUCGAUGCCGCUGCCCGCGCGCUCUACCACUCGAUAACCAUUACGCGCGACUCGUUUUCUAAUAUGCUUGGUGGCAAUGACAUAGAGCACUCAAAGCUGUUCGAACACCCCAUCACCUUUCCCACGCGCGACUCGGUCGUCCGCAAGCUCGGCCUCUUCCAGUGGGUCAAGCACAUGCACAUCGAGGAACUGCCCAACGAGCAGGCCGUGUCGGAUCUCCUCGAAGCGUUUCAUGUGGCAUGCUCGCAGCCGGCGUCGGCCGUGUCGUGUCAGCAGGUGUUGCGGGGCCGGUUAUUCCCCCGCCUCGAGGGAGUGUCGUUCAGCCCCAAAGUCUUCCUCAACCAUCACAGCGCGCCACCCCUGGGACCCGAGUACAAGGGCCGCAUGCACCGCUUCCUCACGCUCUUGCGCCGCGAGUCGGCGCCCACACACAUGUGUCUCGAGUUACCCACGCCCGGCGACAUAGCAGUGUACAAACGCCGGCACCGCGGGGCGGAGCGCCCCUGCCCUCCACCCGAGCCCAUCAAUCCUGAUCUAAUGGCUGUGGGCGGCGGCCCUGCGGUGGCGCCGAGCGCACACGAAAACAGCCUUGUGCACGCCGAUCAGGCUGAGUGGCCGACAACCCUCGCGCGCGCGUGGGACAUCAAAACGAUCUCGGUGCACAACGUGCGCUUUACAGGCUCGAUCUACCGCACUAUCGUCCCGCUUCAAUGCGAGCGCCUGCGCCUCUUCGGCGUAGACAGCCCCUGCUCCGCCACGUGCGACGACGGCACCUGCAGCCACUGCGACCUGCGGUGGAGCCGCGCCGCCACCUUGGUGCAGGGCCUGUGCAAGAGCCCGGCCAACUUCAAAGUCGUGGAGAUCGCCAACAUCGGCGCGGGAUACCCGCUCACAUGCCGCUGCGUGGACAAGUACGCGAACGCCAUCGCGGCGCUCAAGGAGAGCAUGCACAGCCGCGCGCUCGGCGCGACAUGGACGCUCGAGACGCCGCACUGUGCCGUGGCGGCCGCGUGCGUGUGCUGCGGGGCGCACGUAGCGCAGACCGGCGACACGGGCGACGGGGUCGACACGGGCAGCCUCACACCCGACCCGUACUGCACGGACAUGCACCCGUGGGAACGCAGCUUCCGGCCCGAGCCGGUCGCAGGGCUGCUUCUUGGCAUGCCUGCAGUCGGCGUGCCCGCGCCCCAUGGGCCCGUGAACCUGGCUGCACUUGUCCCGGGGUGGAUCCCGCCCGCUGGCCUGGCGCCUGGUGCCCACCCUGUCUUUGACGAGAACCACGACGACAACGACGAGCAAGAGGACGAGCCAGUGGAAGAGGAGGAGGGGGAGGCGUAUCCCGCGCUGGCGUUCGCGCACACACACUUCGGCUCGCACAUCCCGCACACCCCGUUCCAUCAUCAGACCCAGCCUACGGCCACACAAGUGCAGCAGGGGGUGGCGCUGAAUCUGCAGGCCUUGCAGGCGGCAGCGAGCGUGUGGGCGCAGGCGGCGGACGCGUGGGAGGAGGCGGCGGGCGCGUGGGAGGAGCACCUGCACGAGCAGGGCGCGGCCGUCCAGCCGGAUCUGGACGAGACCGCUCCGGACCACGAGGAGUAGCGCGGGUCUGUGUUGUACUUGUCAACGUCGUUGUUGUCUGUAUGCUACUGUGCA